UCCCAUUGUGAAUAUCAAGUGUUUGAACUAUAUAAUAAACACCUCCCUUUUCACAUUUGGAGUUAAAGUAGGUAGCAAAGAAAAACAUGGCUAAGUUUAUAAUGUUUUUCAUGAUUUUCACAAUUAGUUCAGUAGUAGGAGAUGGCGAUUAUGCAUACGACUACGAUGAUGCAUAUGCUCCGGCAUCAGCAUCAACGAUAUCAGUACCAGCGCCACCACCAGCAUCGACGUCACCGGUACCGACGCCAACACCGGUACCAACGCCACCAUCGGUGCCAACGCCGCCACCGGUACCGGCGCCAGCACCGGCUGUGGUACCAGCUUUGUUUGCUUUUGGAGACUCACUGAUAGAUAGUGGAAACAACAACCAACUUUUCUCAUUUGCAAAAGCCAAUUAUUUGCCUUACGGCAUUGAUGUUGGUGGCCCUACUGGACGCUUCUCUAAUGGCUACACCAUCCUUGAUCAGAUCGGUGUGCUUCUGGGAUUGCCUCUGCUUCCAUCAUAUUCAGAGGAGUUCAACGUGGAUACAAUGCGUUACGGAGUAAACUAUGCCUCCGCUGCUGCUGGUAUCCUUGAUGUUACUGGUUUUCACUUUGUGGAACGAAUCCCAUUCAGUUAUCAAAUAAAAAACUUUGAAAACACAUUGGUAAAUUUGAUAAAAAAUUUGAGUGCACCCGUUGUGAAAGAGGCAAUUCCCAAGUGUAUCUUCUUUGUAGGAAUGGGCAACAAUGAUUACCUCAACAAUUACAUUAUGCCUGCAGUCUACUUUAGUCAGGAUCAAUACUCUCCUCAAAAGUUUGCUGAAUUACUGAUUCAUCAGUACAAAGCUCAAUUGCUGAAAUUGUAUGAUCUUGGAGCACGGAAAUUUAUUAUUAGUGGGAUUGGACAAAUGGGUUGCAUCCCAAGCAUGCUAGCAGAAACUUCAGGUGGUGGAUGCUCUGAAACUGUAAACGAAAUGGUGCAUCCAUUCAAUUCAAAACUGAGGACAAUGAUCAUCAAACUGAACAAGGAUCUAGCUGGUGCACACUUGAUAUUCCUUGACAUGGAAUAUAUGUUUAAGGAUAUAUUUAAAAACCACAAGGCUUAUGGAUUUAGUGUGAUAGAUCGUGGAUGUUGUGGUCUAGGGAAAAAUCAAGGGGAAGUAACUUGUCUACCAUUUGAAAUACCAUGUGCAAACAGAGAUGAGUACUUAUUUUGGGAUGCAUAUCACCCCACAUCUGCAGUAAAUCUGUUGCUUGGGAGAAUGGCUUUCUAUAAUGAUGCAAACUAUUCUUAUCCUAUCAAUAUUCAGCACCUUGCUCUUAUAUAAUCUCACAUUAUAUAUAUAUAUUCAUUAUUAAUGUAA